GCAAUUUAAAUCACUAAUUAUAUUUCUUACAGAGGGACCACAGUGAUAAUGUUUUUCUACGGACCGACAAAUCCACACGGAAAUCAAACCCCUAAUCGUAAAACCUCAAAGGAGUGUUGAAGAGAACCCUCACCGCAUCGGAGAUCGGCGAUAACGAUAUCCACGACGGCGAUCACUAGGUUUCCGAUCUACGACUUCUACACGUGUAAUUGGAGACGAUGGUUUACUUAACAUCGUGGGACGAUUUUGUCGAAAGAUCAGUUCAGUUAUUCCGUGCUAGUCCCGAGAAAACUCGUUAUGCGAUGAAAUACAGACAUUCUGAAGGUAAAUUGAUUCUCAAGGUCACUGAUGAUAAGGAGUGUCUCAAGUUCAAGACGGAUCAAGCACAAGAUGCUAAGAAGAUGGAGAAGCUUAACAACAUAUUCUUUACUUUGAUGGCCCGGGGUCCUGAAACUGAUAUAACGGAGGUCACUGGGAAAGAACAGACCGAAACACACCCUUCUCGAAAAGGAAGGGGAAGGAAGCAAUAGCUUAAGUUCUUCAGACGUUUUUCGGAAUGGUUGGUUUUCUGAAUAUUUACAAAGAUGAAUUUUGUUGCACACAAGUUUUGUACUGAGUUGUAUGAAUAGUGCAUCUUUUGGGGUAAACGUCUACUCUGCCCAACCCCACAUUUCUGCUUAUAAUGUUCUCCCUUUGUGUUACAAAACCUUAGAAUCCUAUUCUUCUGCCUGACUAGUGACUGAAUUUUGUUGCCAUAUUUUUGGACA